UGCCGUGACUAGUGGGCUUGUGGCUCUAUCUCAGCGGCCUAUGACAUCACGGAUAGAACUGGUCUCGAAAGGAUCAUCAAGGUUUUUCCAGCUUUUACAUAAUAAAACUCUUUCGAUUUCCAGAAGAUACUUCCGUAGAUAAGGAAAAUGCCGCCGAAAGCCCCAGGUAAAGCGAUGAAGAAAUCCGGGAAAGCGCAGAAAGCCAUCCGAGCUCCGGAUGCCAAGAAGAAAAAGAAGAGGAAGGAAUCCUACUCCGUUUAUAUCUACAAAGUGCUUAAGCAGGUACAUCCGGACACAGGAGUUUCCUCUAAAGCCAUGGCUAUCAUGAAUUCCUUCGUCAACGAUAUUUUCGAACGCAUCGCGGCGGAAGCCUCGCGUCUGUCGCAGUACAACAAGAAAUCGACCAUCACAUCCCGGGAAAUCCAGACGGCGGUGCGUCUACUCUUGCCGGGAGAACUGGCUAAGCAUGCCGUGUCGGAAGGAACCAAGGCGGUCACCAAGUACACCAGCGCCAACAAAUAAAGGAUACAUUACAACAUUACAACUCCGACCGGAAGUCCCGACUUUUGUUCACUGACCACUAUAAUUUGCACUGCGUGCAGCUGCCCUGUUUUCCUUCGCAUUUGUCAUCUUGAUUACCGUUGCGGAAUAUCGCCAUUGAUCCAUAAUUUAAUUGAUUAACGAAUGUUUCAGUGCCGAUCAUGUGAUUAAUUUUCAUGUGAAGAUAAUCGAAUCUCCUUCCAUUCCUGUUUGUCCCGAUAUUGGAAUAGCUGCAUAGUAAAUGCAAAGCGUUACAA